AUGACCCCUGAGAGCAGCACCAUCCCAGGGACCAGCCCCACCAGCCCUGGGACCACCUCUAGGGACCCUGGCACCACCAAGACCAUCCCUGAGACCAUCACCCCUGAGACCACCACGCCCACCUUUGGAAUGAGCACCACACCUGAGACCACCAUCGCCUCUGAGGCCACCACAACCCCUGAAACAACCAUCACACCUGAGACCAUCACCACCCCUGAGACCAGCAGCAGCGCUGGGACCACCACAACCUCUGGGACAACCAUGAUACCUGGAACCACCACCAUUCUUGAGACCACCAUCAUCCCUGAGACCAUCACCACCCCUGAAACCAUCACCAGUCCUGAGACCACCGUCACCCCUGAGACCAUCACCAUCCCUGAGACCACCACCAUCCCUGAGACCACCACCAUUCUGGAGACCAUCACCACCCCCGAGACCAUCACCAGUCCUGAGACCAUCACCAGUCCUGAGACAACUGCAAACCCUGAGACCACCCACACCAGUUCUGGGUCCAUCAGCAAUGCCUUGACCACCACAGCCCCUGGGGCCACAACACCUGAGACCACCAAUCCUGAGUCCACCACCACAAUCCCUGGGACCACCACAGGUCCUGGGACCGCUCCUACCUCAUCUUGGUCCACCAAAACCCCUGAUGCCACCACAAGCUUUGAGACCACCCCAACUCCUGAAACCACCAUCACAGCUGGAACCAUCACUGUCCCUGAAACCAUCACCAGUCCUGAAACCAUCACCAGUCCUGAGACCAUCACCACCAUGCCUUGGACCACCCCUGGCCCAGGGACAACCACAAACCCUGGCACAACCACAACCUCUCCGUGGACCACCACAUCCACCCCUGGCGUCACCACCCACCCCGAGACCACCAGCAAUCCUGGAACUAUGACUGGUCCUUGGGCCACCUCUACCUCACUUUGGACCACACCCACUCCUGAGACCACCACAAUCCCAUGGACCACCACAAACCCAUGGACCACCACGACCCCUGGGACCACCACCAGCUUCCCAGAGAUCACCACCUCCAUAAGUGGGACCAACACAGUCCCUGGGGCCACCAUCACCAGUUCUGGGACCUCCACAAUCCCUGAGACCACCACAACCACUCCUGGGACCCCCAUCCCUGAGACCACCACCACCUUCCCUGAGACCUCCACCACCCUACAUGAGACCUCCACCACCCCUGAGACAACCGCGACCCCUGGCACCACCAUGACUGUCCCUGCAACCACCAGUCCUGAGACCACCACCUCAAUCUCUGAGACCACCACAACCAUCCCUUGGACCACCUCCAGUGAUGGGACCACCCCUGUCUCACCUUGGUCCACCCCAGCCCCUGAAACACCCGCGACACCUGGAACCACCACCGGCUCAGGAACCGCUCCUACCUCACCUUGGACCACCACCAACCCUGGAGAAACGAGGCCCUCUGAGACAACCACCGCAAUCGUUGGAACCACCACUACCCCAGGGACCAUCACAGGUCCUGGCACCACCACAGCCGGUCCGUGGACCACCACACCCACCCCUGGCACUACCACACCCCCUGAGACCACCACCAACCCUGGAGCCACCACAGGUGCUGGGAACACCCCUACCUCACUGUGGACCACCACAGUCCCUGAGACCAUCCCCACCUCGGGGACACCAACAGUUCCUUCGACCACAGCUGGUCCUGGGACCACCAUGACCCCUGGGACCACCAUGAUCCCUGGGACCACCACCAGUCCUGGGACCACCAUGACCCCUGGGACCACCAUGACCCCUGGGACCACCACAACCCCUGGGACCACCACCAUGAACCUUGGAACCACAACCACCCCUGGGACUGGCAGUAGUCCUGGGACAAUCCUUGGGACCACCACCACACCUGAGACCACCACCACACCUGGAUCUACGACCGGCCCUGGAACCACCACCACUCCUGGGACCACCAUCACCACUCCUGAGACCACCACCACUCCUGGGACCACCAUCAGCACCCCUGAGACCACCACCACUCCUGGGACCACCAUCACCACCCCUGAGACCUUUCCCACCACACCUGGGACUGCCACCACUGUCUCUGAGACCACCAUGACCAGCCCUGGCACCACGACCACUCCUGGAGAAACCACGAAACCUGGAACCACAGCCAGUGGGACAACCAGCACCAGCCCUGAGACCACCGCUGCCCCUGGAACCACCGCAACCAGUCCUGGAACAGCUACCACCACACCUGGGACCACCACCAUCACCCUGGAGACAACCACAAUCCGUGAGACCACCACCAUCCCUGGGACCACCACCCUCCCUGGGACCACCACCACUCCAGGAACCACCACCACUCCUGGGACCUCCCCCACCACCCCUGGGGCCACCACCACCACUCCUGGGACCCCUCCCACCACCCUUUGGACCACCAGCACCACACCAGGCACCAGCACCACCCUCCCUGGUACCACCACCAUCCCUGAGACCACCACCAUCCCUAGGACCACCACUGCCAACCCUGGGACCACCACCAUUACCCCUGGAACCACCAACACCAUCCCUGGAACCACCAUCACCUCUGAGAUCACCACCAUCACCCCUGGAACUACCACCACCACCCCUGAAAGCACCACCAUCACACCUGGAACCACCACCAUCACACCUGGGACCACCACCACACCUGAGACCACCACCAUCACCCCUGGAACUACCACCACCACACCUGAGACCACCAGAACCACCUCUAGGACCACCACUACCACCCCUAGGACCACCACUACCACCCCUAGAACCACCAGCACCACCCCUAGGACCGCCAGAACCACCCAUAGAACCACCACAACCACCACCACAACCACCACCACAACCACCACCACCACCACCACUCCCCACUCCACCACCACUCCAGGGAUCUGCAACAACGGGGGCACCUGGGUCAAAGACCACUGCCAGUGUCCCCCCACCUUCACCGGGGACAGGUGUGACUACGUCACCAACACCAUCGAAACCAACGCCGAGACCAACGGGACGGUGCAGGUGGAGCUGCGUGUCACCAACCAGGACUUCUCUGAGGAGCUUGAGGACACCACCUCGCCCACCUACAUUCAGUUCAUCCAGGACUUCACCAAGCAGAUGGACCCGGUCUACGCUGACAUCGAGGGGUACCAGGGCAUCCAGGUGCAGCGACUCAGGCCUGGCAGCGUGGUGGUGGAUCACAUCAUCAUCGUGUCCCUGCUGGUGACAGCCCAGAGCCAGGAGAAGCUCCAGAACAUCACGUCCAACCUGCAGGAGAAGAUCGAGGUGGCGGCGACGCAAUUCAACUGCACCAACGGUGACCUGUGCUUCAACCCCUCCGAGGUGGUGAUCACCAACACCCCGCUGGAAUUCGAUGAAGAUGCCUACUGCCGGAGCCAAGCGCCCGAGGGCUACCGGGAAUUCUUCUUUCCCAACCUGACGAGCUCCGGCUUGUCCUGCAUGUCCAACUGCACGCCGGGCACCGCCAGCACCAUCGACUGCAACCGCGGCACGUGCCACGUCACCCUCAGAGGUCCUCAGUGCUUCUGUGAUGAGACCCACCUGUACUGGUACCAAGACGACCGCUGCACGUCGCGGGUCAGCAAACUGGCUGUGGGCCUGGGCUUGGCCGUGGCCAUCCUGGUCACCGUGGUCGCCGUCCUCUCCAUCUUCCUCUUCCGAGCUCGCAGAUCCGGGUCCUUUGACAUGGCUGAGCAGAAGAUAAUGGAGAGGUGGUACCAGGACACCAGAGAGGAGUGGAGCCCCCAAGGAAGCUUCACCUUCCAGAACCAAGGUGUCCAGCUCGAGGGUGACCAUCCAGUCCACCUUGAGGCCGUGGACAUAUCGAAGCCGAGUGUGAGAGUGGUGGUCAUGGUGGUCAUGGUGGUCAUGGUGGUGAGUGGUGGUCAUGGUGGUGAGAGUGUGAGAGUGGUGGUCAUGGUGGUCAUGGUGGUCAUGGUGGUGAGUGGUGGUCAUGGUGGUGAGAGUGUGAGAGUGGUGGUCAUGGUGGUCAUGGUGGUCAUGGUGGUGAGUGGUGGUCAUGGUGGUGAGAGUGUGAGAGUGGUGGUCAUGGUGGUCGUGGUGGUCAUGGUGCUGAGAGUGGUGCUCAUGGUGGUGAGGGUGGUGGUCAUAGUGGUGCAUGGGUGA